UUUUCCUUUGCAAUUGGAAACUUCUUUCUAAUGGAGAGGUUUGGGAUUCAAAACCAAACUCUGGUUUCAUUUCUUCUUGUUCUGUUUAUCUUCAUCUCCUAUAACUGUUUUGUGUCGAGCCAAAACGACGACGUUAAUGAAGUCUCCGUGUCCGAGCAAGAACGAGUUAGGGUUCGGGUUGGUAUGGUUUUGAAUUUGGGUUCCUUGGAGGGCACGAUAGUGGAAACCUCUGUUUCCUUGGCGCUUUCAGAUUUCUACGCUGUCAACAGUGAUUACAAAACAAGAGUCUCGCUAUCAGUCAGAAACUCUCAAGGAGAGCCUCUCCUUGCUCUAGCUUCUGCUGUUGAGCUGCUGCAAACUGUAGGAGUGGAAGCGAUUAUAGGUGGGGAUUCGUUGCAGGAAACAAAGCUUUUGGCUGAGAUUGGAGAGAAAGCUAAGGUUCCUGUGAUAUCACUUAACUCUCCGGUUUCAUUGUCAUUGAGAAAAUACAGCCAUCUGAUCCAAGCGACACAUGAUACUUUCUCCGAGGCAAAGGGCAUCACAGCUUUCAUCCAUGAGUUUGAUUGGAAGAGUGUUGCUCUUGUUUAUGAUGAGGAUGAAGAUGGCUGGAGAGAGAGUAUGCAGCUCAUGGUUGACCAUUUCCAUGAGAACGGAGUUCAUAUACAGUCCAAGGUUGGUUUUACAGUCUCUUCAACUGAGGAGGUUAUGAUGGACAGGCUAAGGAAGCUGAAGGACUUGGGAACAACUGUUUUUGUGGUGCACUUGUCUGAGCUUGUUGCAACUCAUCUCUUCCCAUGUGCUGAGAAAUUAGGGAUGAUGUCUGAAGGGUUUGCUUGGAUCCUCACUGCCAAAACCAUGAACAGCUUCCAUGGGAACAAUGGCGACGAAUAUGCAAAAGAAGCAAUGGAAGGUGUGGUUGGCUUCAAGACUUACAUUCCAAUGUCCAAAGAGCUUCAAAAUUUCACUUCAAGAUGGAGACAAUCACUUCCUGUUGAAGAAGCUAUUGGGUCUGAAAUAACUCGGUUGAGCAUCUUUGGCAUAUGGGCUCAUGAUGUAGCCUGGGCACUGGCGAGAGCAGCCGAGGUUACAAGGAUGCCAGAUGCAUCAUCAACUCUCCUUGAGGCAAUCACUCAGUGUAGUUUCAAGGGUUUGAGUGGUAACUUCCAAAUCAAGGAUAAGAAUUUCUUGUCAGACAAGUUUGAGAUUGUGAACUUGAUUGGAUCAGGUGAGAGAAGGGUAGGCUUCUGGAGCUCUAAUGGUAGUUUCAGCAGUAGAAGACAUCUGUCUUCUUUUACUGAUAACAAGCUAGAUACCAUAAUCUGGCCAGGUGUGUCUUCUCAAAGUCCCAAAGGACACAAACUAGGAGAAAGCAAGAGAAAAACACUGAGGGUUUUGGUUACAUCUAGCAACAGAUUUCCAAAGCUGGUGAGUUGGAGGACUGAUCCAGUAACAAAAAAGAUAAUUGCUGAUGGGUUCUGUAUACAAGUCUUCAAUGCUUCCAUUAGGCGUUUCAACUAUGAUGUGGAGUACACACUUUGGACUGGUGGUCCUAACUACGACGAUCUUGCAUAUACACUUAGUAGCCAGAAAGACAAAUAUGAUAUGGCCGUGGGAGAUAUUACAAUCACUUCCAAUAGAUCGAGUUAUGUUGAUUUUACUAUACCAUUCACUGAACUGGGUCUUGGAAUGGUGGCACCAAAGCAGAGUGGAAUGUGGGUGUUCUUUCAACCUCUAACACCAGAUCUUUGGAUGACAAGUGCAGCUUUCUUUGUCUUGACAGGCAUUAUAGUUUGGUUGAUAGAAAAACCUGAAAACAAGGAGUUCCAGGGAUCUUGGUCUCAACAGAUUGGAGUUAUGCUUUGGUUUGGCUUCUCUACCCUUGUUUAUGCACACAGGGAGAAGCUAAAACACAAUUUAUCAAGAUUUGUGGUUACAGUUUGGGUAUUUGCAGUGCUGAUACUGACUACGAGUUACACUGCAACAUUGACAUCAAUGAUGACAGUGCAACAGAUACGAUUCAACUCCAAUAAAGACUUUAUAGGUCACCUUUCGGGCUCACUCAUAGCAAAUGCGAGCCUAGCUAGUACCAACAUCAAUGCAACGAAUGUCAGAGGCCUCAUUAACUCUACAGAUUAUGCAAAAGCCUUGUUGAACAACUCGGUCGCAUUCAUUAUCGACGAGUUGCCAUACCUCAAUGUCCUCCUUGGAGAGAAGCCUGAUCAUUUUCUCAUGGUCAAGCCACAAAUUACCACCAACGGUUUUGGAUUUAUGUUUCAAAAGGGUGACGAGUUGGUGCAUUUGGUGUCCAAAGAAAUCUCGGAGCUAAGGACAAAAGGGAGGCUUAACGAGAUGUCGAAAACAUGGUUUGAUAAUCGUUUGCCAUACAUAAUAGAUGAUACAUCAGAACCUAUAGACCUUUACAGGUUCCGAGGUUUGUUUAUGAUCACUGGAGGUUCUUCAGCUUUUGCUCUUGCAGUACUUCUCAUUAUAUGGAUACGUGAUAGAUGGGAAUAUCUUAUGAGUUCCAUCAACAUAUUUCUCUCGCGACGACUUGUACAUUUCAGGAUCUUCUUUGCAAGAACUAUCCAUCCUAGCCCCCUCGAUGACCUCUUUGUCGAGAAUGCAGUGCAGAUGGCUCAACUUAACAGAUAGAAACAUUUUCAAAUAUAGCAAAAGGUCCAUACAAGUGAAGUGGGUGGUUUUGUUCUUGUGCAUAAUAGUACAGUUGAAGUGGAUGGUUCUAUGUUUUGUGUAGUUGUGUAUAAUACUACAAGUGAAGUGGAUGGUCAUGUGUCUUGUGUUUUUUGGUGCCUGAGUCUUUAGCUUACACAAAUUUUGUGAUGUUGUUCGUCUCUGACUCUGACCUAGAGCCUCACCGAACAACCUUGCCCUUUUUU